GUAACGCCCGGAACGGAAGUAGUCAUCUGAUAACCGCCAGCGGAAGUGCAACCCUUUGCCGCCGUUGGUAAUAAAACAGUGAUUUUUUUUUAAAUUUGUUCUAAAUUUGCCCUAACCGUGCAGUGAAAUAUGAAGCCGUUAAAAGUGUGCAGUUUAUCUUUCGAGUAAACCAGUGCUCCGGAAGAUUUCUCACAGAAAAACUUGGCUGGUACUGUACAUAAAGUGGAUUCCGGUUUCGGAAAAAUGACAAUAGCGGUCAACAUGAUAAACCGAACGAUGGCAACCAUUUCGAUACUGUUAAUUUAUUGUGUACUCCUCUCAACGGCUCUCUCGUGUGAUUCCUGCGGAAAAGAAUGCACAUCGGCCUGCGGCACACGUCACUUUCGCACUUGCUGUUUCAAUUAUCUACGAAAACGAAGCUCGUCGCCUCCACUGGCGACCGCACCGUCGCCACCACCACCACCGCCGUCACAACAGCUUUCCCCACAUAAACUGAAUCUGGAGAUGUGGCUGGAGAAAAACCGUAUCGAUCAAGCCGACCGCCGAAGUCAUCACCAUCGACCGUUGGACGAUCUGCAAGGACUCUUACUCCAGCGAAUGCUUCUAACGGACACCUCUGACGGCGAGAACGAUUACGAAACUACGAAAGAUGACACGCUGGCAAGCCGCGAUGUAGUGAAAGGCAAACGGAAUCCCCUUGUCACUAGCAAUCGCAGUAACCGAAACGGUGACUACCGGCAUCCGCUGCUCGAAGGCGAUCCUGAGGGCCGGGAAUCCGAUCAGCGAACAAGCGAAGAGUCUGAGCCAUCUGCGGCAAGAUUGCAACUACUGUACGACGCCUAAGUUCACUUUAAUCAAAGAAAAACCAUACGAAAAAUAGUAAGACUCUGCAGCUUGCACCCUCCCGGAUCGUCGCGAUUCGCUCCAUGGGCUGGAUUGAGCCAAACGCGACGAUCGGGGUUGUCCAUUUCACUCAACUCAUGUUCCAUCAGUUAAGCGCUCAUUGGUGUGCGAUAAAUUAAAUUACCUAAGAUCGUCGCAGGGAAACGGCCAGGUUUGUGGGAAAAUAGCAACACAGUUCCACCGACGGGUUGCACUCACUCACGUUUUUUGAAAAUUUACAAUCUAGUUGUGUAACUGACCGCAUUUGUUCUAUAUGAAUAUUAUAUACUGUAGAGAGCCAUGCUGAGAAAAUAUAUUCAGUAUAUUUAAACUUUA